AUGGCUCUGUCAGGUGAUGCGAGGACGAAAGGCGUAACCCUACCCCCUGCCCCCGCCCGUUGGAGUACACAACUGUGCAUCCGCAAUCCAGCCGCUACAACGACCAUCACCAUGCCCAUCCUCCCUCACCUCACGGUGAACACCUACAACCUCACCGUUGUAAUCCUCGUGGCCAUAGGCACAAUCUCGACAGCGUAUGGCCUCGCCGUCAUUGGGUCCACCGUCGGCCAACCGAAUUUCUACACCUUCUUCGACCUAGAGGCCGACACCACCGAUCCCGACUACAAGCACACGACGAAUAUGAUCGGCGCCUUGAAUGGCGUCAACUCCGCCGGCGCCUUCAUGGGUUGUAUCCUGCAAGCCUGGAGCUCUGACGCAUAUGGGCGCAAGACCACCAUCCGCUUGGGCGCGGCGGUGCUGAUUGUAGGUGGCGCGCUGUGCGCUGGGGCCGUGCAUAUGGCCAUGUUUCUGGUCGGCCGAUUUGUCGCUGGUCUAGGAGCUGGCAUUCUAGCGUGUAGUGUGCCGAUCUAUCAGGCAGAAGUGUCGACGGCAGAGACGAGGGGUGCCAUGGUCUGCGUGACGGGCGUCAUGUAUGCGGUCGGCUAUAGCCUUGCCGGAUGGUUAGGGUACGCCUGCUGGUUCAUGGAGGCGACGAGCCCAGCGGCGCAGUUUGCAUGGCGGUUUCCGCUGGCCUUCCAGGUGCUUUUCCCGCUGUGCGUGCUCGUCGGUGCGCCGUUUAUUCCAGAGUCACCGCGGUGGCUGUUGGCAAAAGGUAAAGGGGUUGAAGCUCUAAGCGUGCUGCAGAAACUGCACUCGACCAACGGGCAUAGCAACGGCGACAACACCAAAGCGCGGGAAGAGUUCAGCCUGAUGGAGAAACAGCUCGAACUCGACCAGUCGCGUAUCGUGAAAUCCAGGUGGCCAGCGCUAGCACUCUUCUCUACGCCCGCAAACCGUAAACGCUCACUCAUUGCGACGAUUCUCAUGAUCGGAAACCAGUUCCUGGGCACCUUCGUGCUGACCAACUACGGAGUCCUUAUCUACGCCUCCCUUGGUCUAACAGGGUCUAUCCCGUUGCUUCUGAAUGCCUGCUGGACAUCAUUCACGCUUAUCGGAAACACCUGGACAGCACUGUACAUCGACCGCUUCGGGCGCCGUCGUUUCCUGCUCGCCGGCGCAACAGGCUGCACACUGUGCAUGGUCUUCUUGUGCGCACUGACGGCAUCUUUCCUGAAUACAGACAACACCCCCGGACUGCGGGCUGCCGUCUUCUUCAUCUUCUUCUAUAUCUUCUGGUGGUGUUUCUUCGUGGACGCGACGCAGUUUGCCUACAUUGCUGAGAUCUUCCCCAACCAUCUACGCAGUCAGGGAGUUGCGCUGGGACUGGGCUGGUUUUAUCUCUCAAGUGAAGUGACCCUUGUUGCAGCGCCGGUAGGGUUGGAUCGUGUUGGGUGGAGGUUCUAUCUUGUGCUUAUUGUGCCGAGUGUGCUGUAUGUCGGGUGCAUUUAUUUCUUGUUUCCCGAGACGAAAGGGCGAACACUAGAGGAGAUGGGGCGGGUCUUUGGAGAGGAGCACAUUUACAGGCAGGAGGCUGAGAGCGAUACUGUGACUGAGAAGGGGGUAGAGACACAAAGAAUUGAGGAUGUUUCCACGGUAUAA